AUGGCGCAGUGGACGCUUUUGGGCAUUACCAUCUCGGUACCCAUCAUCUUCUCAAGUGCCGUUUUUCUCUUCUUCUUGUUCUCCUAUCCAACCAGGGAGCAGCAUGUUUUGUCCUCUUCGUCUUCCACUUCUUAUCACAGUCACUUUCGAGCUCCAGCAGAGAAUCCCUUCGCCGAGAUCGACGACCGUGAGGCCUCACAGAUAUACACUUUUCUUCAGGAGUCCUCCUCUAUCGAUCUGAGCAAAGAUGCUGAAAGCAGGAAUCUGAACUAUCUGAUUGAAUUACUGCGACCAAAUAAAUCCGAUGUCGUCAAAUAUCUCGACAACAAUGGCCCGGUCCCGGAGCGAUGGGCUCGAGUAUCCAACCUCGAAAUCCGCAAGGACAAUCCAUACAUCGUCGACUAUAUGGUCGGACCUCUACCACCAUCCAAUGACACCCAAAUCUUGCCGCUGACUUACCCUUACAACUCCGGCCGCAACUACGUUCAGAGUCCGAUCUCGGAUGUCUUCGCUCUUCUCGACUGGGCGCUCAGCAUCGGUGAAAAUGCAUCAGAUAUCACGCAAGAGCUUCUCGGCGCCAAAGUCAACCGCAAUGACCCGGCCGAUCCUGAUGCGCUUGUUAUGGGCUCUCGGCCGGCCCUCAUCGACCAGGGCCACAUGGUUCACUGGCUAGAAUUCUUUGGCUCUGGCAUCGAGUCUGAUAGCCGCAGCCUUCUUCCCCAAGGACUGUACGUCAAACUCGACACUCCCAGCGCCAACCCUGCGACCUGGAAAACAGGCCAGUGGUUCUAUAAUGGAUUUCUCUACGACAACGACACUGCUCUCCGUGAAGCCUUCAAAUUACCAGAUUUUGUCAAGCUGGAACUCAACCACGACGGCUCGUGGACCGACACUGAGGAUUUCAGCACCUCCUUUCCCGAACGAGACAUGCCUCCUCCACUGUCGAUCCAGCCUUACGGUCCGCGCUACCACCUCGACCGCGACCAGAACUACAUUUCCUGGAUGCGUUUCUCAUUCUAUUUGUCGACCACCCAAGCAAACGGGCUCUCUUUGUUCGACAUCCGCUAUGACUCUACCCGAAUCAUCUACCAGCUGGGCCUGCAAGAAGCGCUAGCUCACUACGCGGGUGUCGAGCCUUUGCAGUCUGGCCUGGAGUUCCUCGAUACUUUUUUCGGCAUGGGAAGCAUGAUGUUCAGCCUCGUACCUGGCCUCGACUGUCCUGGCCAUGCCGAGUACCUCGACAUGUCGUACCACAAAGGAGGCAAGAUGUACACGAACAAGAACGCCAUCUGCAUCUUCGAGUACACUUCUGACGCGCCCUUGCAACGACAUACCUCGACGUUUAGUGCGACUGUGAGCAGGAAUACUUACCUUGUGGUCCGAAGCGUGAGUACGGUUGGAAAUUAUGAUUAUACGAUUGAUUAUAUCUUCUACCUCGACGGCUCCAUCGAGAUCAAACUCCGUGCUUCAGGCUACAUCUUUGGCGCCUUCCACGCCGAGCCGCGCUCCUCCAGUCAACCGCGCGACGCAUACACCAACGAAUACGGCUACCGCAUUCAUCCGGCCCUCCACACAUCCAUGCACGACCAUGUCGUCUCCUUCAAAGCGGACCUCGACAUCUGCGGGACAGCCAACACGAUGGUCCGCACCUCCAUCGAACCGCUCCAGCGCGAGUACGACUGGGAUAAGCCCGAGGUUCCUCUUGUCCGCAAUACAAUGCACAUGGUCCACAACACCGUCCAUCACGAGACAGGAUUGAACUGGCCCCAGAACGGUAAGGAGAUGUACCUCGUCACUGCACCGAACUCAACAAACAAAUGGGGCGAGACUCGAGCAUAUCGAAUCCUCGGAGGCACCGGCAUGGGCAACCCAUCGCACCUUACAAUCCUCAACUCGACGACAUUGGGCAAAUCGGCAGCGUGGUCGAGCGCGGAUUUGUGGGUGUUGAAGAACCAUCCGGACAGCGAACCUAGUUCGGCACACCAUCUGAACUACCUGGAACCUCUGGAUCCCCUGGUCGACUUUGAGAAGAUGGUCAACGGCGAGGAGAUCGAGGAGGAGGACCUUGUGCUGUACUUCAACUUGGGCGGGCACCAUGUACCGAGCUCCCAGGACGUGCCGAACACCUUGAUGCACACGAGUGCGAGUUCGGUGGUGUUUGUGCCGUUCAAUUAUUUUGAUGACGACAUGUCGAGGGCAUCGAGGCAGGGUGUCAGGAUUGAUCGAAGACCGAGGCCGAAGGCUGAAGGCAAGGGACACAACGCGGACGGCAAGGAGGAGAUCAGGCGGUCGAAGAGUCGUGUGGCCAGGUCAGACUGGGCGGGAGGCGAGGAUGAUGACGGUGUAAGUUACUUUGGCGCGAGAUAUACGAAGCCCGUGACGGUGUCGGUGGACAUGCUCUCACCGGAUUUGAGUCACUAUAUGAAGGAGCAUGAGGGCGUGCCUGGUGGUGGGUGGAAGGCAGUGAGGAAUAAUGUCGGCGGCGGAUUGUUGGGACUCUUUGUGGGGAAGGAGAGGCAGGAGGACGACGCAGAGAGGAGAAUGGAUUGGUAGGGGGCUGAGAGCGGCGUUGCUAUGAGCUGUGCUUUACGAACGGCGGAAACUGAUUGCCAGCAAAGCCGCCGCAAUAUGGUGAAUGGCCAUGGCGGAUGGAGCUGGGUAUCAUGAGUGAUGAGUGAUGAGCGAAACAAGCAUCGAGGAACCGCUACACAACACCUUUAGAGUGUGAAGAUGCAUCAUCUACCACCAGUAUUAUUAUGACUUACGAUACACAACAACAAGAGGGACAUACAUGAGAUACACCAAGAGAAAUACACAUGAGAUACGAUAUACCAAG